ACCGAGACAAAUAUAGAAAGACAAAAUGAGUCAACACAGGCUCACACGUGAACACAGCAAGGAUCCUUCUGUUAGGUGUGAAAAUAAGCAUUUGAAAAUGCUUGAGCUCUAAAUGCUAUGGUUAAGGUGGUGGGUCGGAGUAACAUCAUUUUCGUGAUGACUGUAAACAUCGCGAAGGGUCUGACAGUGUUACUGAUAAUCCCAUUCCCAUUCUUUUUGUCGUUAUAAUAACCUCCACUCUUCUGGGAUGGCUUUACACUAGAUUUUGAGCAUGUCUGUGGGAAUUUGUGCUAAUUCAGCCACAAGAGCAUUAAGAAGCUCAGACGCUGAUGUCGGGUGAGGAGGCCUGGCACUUCGUCCACAUUUCUGGUCGGCCCAAAAGUGUUUUGCAUGGUUGAGGUCAGCAACUUUGGCAAAUCAUAUCUCCAUUGACCUUGCUUUGUGUCAUUUAAUUUUUUGUGUGGGUACGACCCCUUAGCUCCAGUGAAGGGAAGCUAAUGCUACAGCAUACAGUACAAAGACAUUCUAGUAGCAACAGUUUGGGGAAGAACCACAUAUAGUAUAUGUCUGUUAAAUGGCAGUGGUGGUUUAGCAGUUAAGGCUCUGGGUUACUGAUCAGAAGAUCGGGGGUUCAAGCCCCAGCACUGCCAAGUUACCACUGUUGGGCCCUUGAGCAAGGCCCUUAAUUCUCUCUGCUCCAGGGGUGUCAUAUCCUGACCCUGUGCUCUGACCCAGCUUCCUAACAUGCUGGGGUAUGUGAAGAGAAGAAUUUCAUUGUACGUGAUAAAUAAAGUCUCAUUACCAUUCAAUAAGCAAUAGUAAAUACAGACAUGUUUGUGUUGAACACAUGCUUUAAAAAGCACGUGACAACCUUGAUGAAGUGGUUCAUCACAAUAUCCUCCAUCUAGUCCUUUACAGGGGUUAUAUUAUGAACAUUAUUUUUGUUGGUUUGUAAAUAUUUUAAAAGAGAAAACACUGAGAAAAUGUGACAUCUAUGCCUGUUUUUUUCCUUCUUCAGUUCAGUAGUGACAAAAACAAUUUGUAUUUUAAUAUGCUGUUCUAAAACACACAUCACACAAGAGAUUUACUUGAUUAACUCACUGUGAUUAGCCCAUGAAUGAAAUUAGCAUGCAGCACAGGCUUUAUGCUAACUCUGAUUGAUCCACGGUGGCCAAACAACAUGGUACAGCUGACACACAGGGUGCAGAUCAAACCUCACACUAUUGUUCUAAAUAACAGACUAUGCCAUUCUAUAAUGUGCAAUGAUAACACUUACUCAAAAUGAGGAGUGAAAAAAACAAAAACAUUCCUGGUGCAGUGCUUGAAAGGAAUGCACUCAAACGCAAAGCUUACUUUCAGUUAUGUGUUUCAUAGACACUUAGGGAAUAAUAGCAAAUAUGAAUAAUAUUUGCCUUAAAACAAAUUCUCUAUAUGGAAAUGAAGCAAAGGUUUAAAACAGUAGUGACCUCCUUGAAGUUAUUCAUCUAAACAUUUUAAAAUGAAGGGUUAGCCAGGGUGAACAGUGAGUAACGUAUGAAGGGGGAAGAAAACUCGUUUAAACAGCUCCAAAGAAAUGAAAGUUAAUGGAGCACGUCCACAGUUUUUUGAGAAUGAAAAAUCAUCCUUCAAAUCAAACAAGAAGGAGCUGAAAGUCGAAACCCAAGUACCUACCCCCCCUUAUUCUCUCAUUAAAGUGUGUGUGUGUGUGUGUGUGUGUGUUUGCCUCGACAGUGUAAAUGUAAAUUUGAGAGCUGUUCAUACAUCAUCUAUUCCAAUAUGAGCUAAUAAGGCAAGACAAAUAUACAGAGACAGAGACACAGAAAGACGACUUACUGAUACAGCAAACUGAUAGUCAAACUACACACAAACACACACACACACACACACACACACAGACACACACACGCAUACAUACUCACACAUACACAUACACACACACACAUAUACACACACUCACAUACACACACACAGACACACACACACACACACACACACACACACACGCAUACACACACACAAACACACACACAUCCCCACAGACCCACACACACAAAUACAGAUAUUAUGUUCACUCAUGGCAACAUGCCAGUGUUGAACGUGACUAGAAUAUGAGAUGUCAGGGUUCGAUCUCAAUUCUCUCUCUCUCUCACACACACACACGCACACACACGCACACACUCAUUCAGUGAGAGACUAAACUCUAAUUAGACAUCAGUUUCCAGCUACAGAGCGAUUCUCGGUGGGAAGUCUUGAAUCUCAAUGUCUCUGAAGUGCUGCUUUAUCUAACCGCUCGUCCUUUGCGCUUUUCCUUCCUGUUCUGUUCUGCACUUAUCUCUCAAUUUUGCUCCUCUAUCACUCCUCUCCGCUUUUCAGUCAAAUACUGCUAGAGGUGCUCCUCCCUCCCUCUCUUACUCUGCUCGCUCCAUCCAUUCCUCCUUCUCUCCCUACUAUCUCUCUCUCUCUCUCUCUCUCUCUCUCUCUCUGUAUCUGUCUCUGCCCCCUCCCUCCCUCUCUCCCUCUCUCACUGAAUCAGACGCUUUAACAGAUGCGCCGAGCACAGUUGCUUCUCUCUCGUUCUUGCGCUUGCUCUCGCACUGCCCCACUUGCAGACUUUUGCAGGUGGGGGAGGAAAAAAAAUGGCAGAUUCAACUACCAGAAACAAACAAUCAAACGGAUGAAGCCUGGGAAACUGGAAUAAGAGAAAGCAAAACACGGAUGGGAACUGCUAAAAAUAACUGCCACGCCAAAGACUGCCUUGAUAGCAUCCAUCAUGUUGCUUUUCUUUUUUCUAUCCUCUUUCAGGAUACCUGUUCUGACCCACAGGAUUAAAAAUGACUUAAAAUUCAAUCAACGGCCGAGGAGAGAGACGGAGGGAUGAAAAAAGAGGGGGUUUGUCCUCUGAACAGAUUCAGCAGCAUACAGCUGGUGAGAGCAAGAGCAAGGGAUCGUUAGACAGACAGAGAGAGAGAGAGAGAGAGAGAGAGAGAGAGAGAGAGAGAGAGAGAGAGAGAGAGAGAGAGAGAGAGAGAGAGCGCACGAGAGAGAAAGAAGGUCUCUUCUCUUUUAAAGGAAGUGACUCAUCUGACUUUGCUGUCUCUUAGGACUAUUCUUCAGUCAAGGUUCAACAUGUUCAGUAAACAGGGGACAUUUUUCUGCUAGAGGAUGUUAAGGAUCUGCAUCCCGGCUUCACUGCUGAUUUGCAUCAUAAGACUAUGGGAAACCUACAACAAAGAUUAUUUUAAAAAAAAUAACAUCUGUUAGCGAGGCAGAAAACAAGAAGGAAUGAGUGAUACGCACAGGCAGGUUCAAAUGAAUCGAUGACCAGAAGAGGCAGGUGGAGAGAAGGAAGAGUGAGGGAAGGGCCAGAAAAAUAAAGUGGAGGAAAUAAAGAAGAGAGACAGCAGAGUGAAGAGCAGGGCUGGCGACUGGAAGACCCUGAGAGGAAACGUGCUGUGUGUAAUGACCCCAGAUGAGAGGCUGUUAGCCCGGGAACAUUCUGGAAAAACAGUGAAUAAAGUGCAACGUGUUUCCCAGCUAGGCUUCCAUGGAUACAGAUGUGCAUCUGCAGGCCUAACUCCUAAUCUAAAUCCUGGUGUGUGUGUGUGGAGAGGACAGACACUCCGGUUGUGAACCGAGGAUACACACCUGAACAUGGAUAUGGGCUCAGUCACACAAAUACACACACCUACACAAAAGCCUGGAAACACACCCACGACUGUAGACAUGAGCUGAUUGAGUCCUGCGACCGACACAGACAACCAAGGUCUGUGGAUUAACCCCCCCUUCUACCAUGCAAGCCUCCCCACCCCAUCAAUCUAAAAAAUCAUACCCAUCCCUCAUUUUACAUCAUCAUCCAGGUAAAACACCCUCCUCUUCUUCUCUCCCCUUUCAUCGAUCAACCCAUUCUUACUCAUCCAUCCUUAAGCCAUCACACAAACUCUUACCAUCAGAUACACCUCUGUGUCCAAAAUACACCUGUGGUUUUCUGGCCCAAUCCAUACCACCCCCAAGCCCACCUCUACCCUCGCUCCAUUGGCUGACACUGGUCACAUGUGCCUGCUUGCUACCUGCUUUGAUUGGACGGAUUCCUGGUGCACUGGCAGGGGAAACUUGGGGCGUAGUUUCUUCAUGCCCUUUUCACUGCGUGUGCCGGAACCUUUCAGAGUCACUGAGCACACUCUGUGCGGACAAGGGCCUCCUCUUUGUUCCACCAAACAUCGACCGCAGGACCGUUGAGCUUCGUCUUGCUGACAACUUCAUUAGAGAAGUGGGUGGCACAGAUUUUGUCAACAUGACCGGAUUGGUAGAUUUAACACUGUCACGAAACACCAUCAGCUACAUCAAACCACUGGCAUUUGCAGACCUUGAAAGUCUCCGCUCAUUGCACUUGGAUGGAAAUCGACUGACUGCUCUGGGUCCAAGAGACUUGGCGGGUAUGCUGAACCUGCAGCACCUCAUUCUAAACAACAACCAGCUUAUAAACAUUUCUUAUGAUGCCUUUGAUGAUUUUCUCCUCACAUUGGAAGACCUGGAUCUGUCUUACAAUAAUCUGCACAAAGCACCAUGGGAAGCAAUCCAGAACAUGGCCAGCUUACAUACGCUCAAUCUCGAUCACAACCUCAUUGACCAGAUUGAAGAAGGUUCCUUUGGUGAGCUCUACAAACUUGCUCGGUUAGACAUGACUUCCAAUCGCCUUCAGACUCUACCACCUGACCCCCUGUUUGCCAGGUCCCAGACAGGAGUGAUCAGCCCUACACCCUACAACUCAGUAAUCAGUUUGAACUUUGGAGGAAACCCAUUGCACUGUAACUGUGAGCUGCUUUGGUUACGGAGAUUGAUUCGGGGUGAUGAUAUGGAGACUUGCGCUACUCCGAUUCACCUGGCAGGACGCUACUUUUGGUCAAUACCUGAGGAGGAAUUUACCUGUGAGCCUCCACUUAUUACUCGUCAUACACACAAACUCUGGGUCUUAGAGGGGCAAAAGGCAACACUCAAAUGCCGAGCUAUUGGAGACCCUGAACCAGUGGUGCACUGGGUCUCACCUGAUGAUCGGAUUAUUGCUAACUCUAGUCGUACCACCUCAUUCCGUAAUGGGACACUUGAAUUCCUAGUGACUGUGGCCCGUGAUGAUGGUGCUUACACCUGUAUUGCAAUCAACGCUGCAGGUGAAGCCACUGCGAUUAUCGACCUUAAGGUCAUCCCUCUUCCUCACCGAGGGAAUGGGACAGUGUCUUUAGCCCGUGACCCAGGCUCAUCAGAUAUUACCAGAGGAAAAACAUCCAAUGGGCAGACCCCCAGCCAGGACACUAACACAGACCAACAGGAAGGUAGAGAAGAAGUAGAGGUAGAGGAUGGAGGGAGUGAAGGAGGAGAGGACCAGUUUGUGGAGGUACAGGGGGUGACCUCCACCUCAGCACAGGUUCGGUGGGAUAUAGGACGACUUUCAGGGGCAUACUUGGUUUGGAUGUACCAGAUACAGUACAACUGCACCGCAGAUGAAACUCUGGUGUACCGAAUCCUGCCCUCUACGAGUAACAGCUUCCUCCUGAAGAAUCUGGUCUCUGGAGCAGAUUAUAACCUGUGUGUUUUGGCCAUUUUUGAUGACACGGUCACCUCCAUGGCUGCCACAAAGGUUCUUGGAUGUGCACAGUUCAGCACCAAGGAUAAUUACCCAGACUGCCGUUCACUCCAGGCCCACUUUCUGGGUGGAACCUUGACCAUCCUGGUGGGAGGAGUAGUCGUGGUUACACUACUGGUGUUUACAGUGGCGCUUAUGGUGCGUCACCGGGUCUGCAGUAACCACAACAAUCAUCAUGGCGCUAGUGGAGAGGUUGGAUGCUCAGGAUCAGACUCGUCAACCCGAGGGAAAGCAGCCAAUGUUUUUUCACAGAGAAAUAGCAGUGGAGAGGUAAUGAUGGUAGUCUUACCUAAUGGGCUGCCUCAAAAACAAAGAGGUGCAGUAGGAGGGGCGGAGUCAUCAUCAAAGUCAUCAUCUCCCACUCUGAAACCCCAAACACUGCCUAAGCCGAAAGUAAAUCUGGAGCAGCUAAAGGCAGGGGUAGAAUCACAGAAGGCACUUCCACCUUAUACCCCAGAAACUGAACGAAUGCCAAUGUACUACACCCUCAAGAAGCCGGCCCCAUCUACACUGCCACGCCAGUCAUAUCAGCCAGAGGCAGGACUUUCUAAACUCCAUUCCACAAACAGGGACAUAGAGAAACAGGCUAGCUUUAGCCUUGUCCCCCCAUCUCACAGUGAUCGGAGGUUCAGCACAGGUGGGUCUGUUAUAGUUGGCCGAGGAGGCAGAGACAGCGGAUGUAACUCAGAGACAGCCUAUCAGAGCUCAGGCCUAAGUGUUGCACGGCAUAGACGUAGCUCCUCAUUUGACAUGGGCAACAUGGCGGCCACAACCUGCUAUGGUUACGCCAAGCGUCUGAGUGUCAUCUGGAGCAAACGGAGCCAGUCACUGCAUGGCAUGCUAGCCCAGUGCGCCUCCACGAACAGCAUCUCCACCACCAGCAGCGGCAGCGGGGAUUUCCAUGUGAGACAUACACGUGGCGCCAUCCGCACCUACAAAUCCAACACUAUGCCUUCAAGCAGAACACAUACAGAGCAAAGUAGAGACAAAGGUAAAGAGAAAGUAAAGGCAAAAGAUAAAGGAGAAGAACUGGAAGAAAGUGUGGUGUAGACAGUAAGGGCUGCACGUCAAAGCAAGAACUGAAGAGACCUUAUAAAACGAGAGGGGUGACUGUGGACAGACAUAGAUGAAAGAGGGAUCACGAAAGAGGGAUCACGCAUUAAAGAGUGCAACGUGAGGUCUGAUACGUAGGAGUGGGAGACAGGCUGAGGGAAAGGUUGAGUGGAGAAUUUAGAGGUGGAGAAAAGAUGUCAUGGUAGAAAAAAGGAACAGACAUAAAAAGGUACAAGGAGGGAAGUAGGAGGAAAAAGGAGAGCAGAGUCAAGAAUCAGGCUAAUGUCAAAUGGACUAAAAAAGAGAGAACAUAUUGGUGCAUAUCCUGCGGGACUGGUGUCUAAGUGGAUUCUGAACCAACACAGAAAUUCAAUCGCUCCAAUGAGCCUAUAACGUGUGAACAGAGGAGCUAAAUAAAGGCCAGGUAUUUGGCCUAUUUUCAAAAAAACAAAACAAAAAAAAAACUUCUAAUGCACCCAGGCCAAGAGACAGACUGAUGGCAUUUGAGCAAUGAUCAAUUAGCUAUCCUGUCACUGGGAUUAUGGAAGCAGAGGCGCAGCUGGAAAUGCCGAGUCAUGCCCAAUCAAUCGGAUAUGAUCCGCAGAUAGAUAGAUAGAUAGAGAGAGAGAGAGAGAGAGAGAGAGAGAGAGAGAGAGAGAGAGAGCCUUUGCAGCAACCUGGGAGCAACACAAAGAAGCAUGGGUGUGAAAUGCAGCACCGGAAUGAUGAUGAAAUGAUUGGGGACAGAUUUAGCGCAUAGACAAAUAAAUGGCCAUUGACUGAGGAUGAAUGGGAUCAGUUACGGUUUGUGUAUGUCUGUGUGUGUGUGUGUGUGUGACUGAGCAUAUGGGGCAGUCAGUGUGUAUAUGGAAAAGGAAGAAGACUCCUUUUGUUUACUUCUGUGAUGCUCCAUUUAACUAUAAUCAUGCAGACUGUGGUCUGACGAACUGAUAUUGAUCCGUUACUGUGGACAGGGUCAUUAAAAUAUUAUAAGGUGUCAUUAAGACCAUGUCGAGAGAUUAAAAACAAAAAGAACUGAGCGCAAGAAACAAAGAGAGUAUAAAUCCCUUGAAAGUCUGUUUUGUUACUAAUUUUCACGAGUGAUAAUAGAGCUAAAAAGAAAAAUACAGUUUUGUUGCAACAAUCUUUCAUGACUUUUAGUUAUCAAUAUGAUUGUAAUUAUCAUUGAGCUUAGAUGAAAAAAAAAACGAACAAAAUUAGCGAGUUCAAUGAUAAUAAUAACCAUCCUGAUGAUAAUGUUUUUGUUUGAUUUCCAUUUUGCCAAAGUAAAUAUUGUUACCUUGACUUGAUAUUCUAAAUGAUGAAAUAAAACAGAAAAAUAAGUUCACGAGUUUUCAUUUUAAUUGUGUAAUUAAUGUGAUUCUGAGAAGAAUAGGAAAAUGGAGGGAGUUGAGUAUUGUACUUUCACAUCUAUGUGUGUGUGUGUGUGUGUGUGUGUGUGUGUGUGUGUGUGUGUGUGUGUGUGUGUGUGUGUGUGUGUGCACGCGCUUCAUGUUCCUUCCAUUUCGAUAGCUUCCUAAUAUAUUGUUCACUCUUGGCUGAUAACCCCAGUGUCUGUGCAAUUAUCUAUAUAGAAUGAAAGAUGGCCCUCUCUCUCUAAAACACGCUCACAUACAGGCUCUCAGACGUAAUCAUCUACAGGGUGACAGAGUGAGACAGAGUGAGACAGAGAGAGCAGUGGACUGAAAGGCUGAAAACAAGGACACGAGCAUCUGGGAGACUGCUGAUGUGAGCGACAGGGCAGAGGACAGAGACAAGGCAAAGUGUAAGAGAAAUAGAGAGAGAGAGAGUGAGAUAAAGGGAUAGAAAGAGAGCAGUGGGUUUAUAGUGCCUGUGUAAGGGCUAUUUUUAGUGGGAAUGUAUUGCAUUGCCAAUAAAGCAUAUUUAAGCAUGGUUGAGGUGAGUAAAACAUGGGGGAGAUGUGCGUGUCGUGUGUGUUAGUGUGUUAGUGAAUGAACGCUGUGUUCUCUUCUGCCUGCUGUGUUUACUUAUAGCAUUACUGGGAACCUAACACAUGCACACACAUAAUGCAAGCAGCUAUAUUCACCCUCCUCUCAAGGUUUCUUCCGCAUAUCAUCUCAGGGAGUUUUUCCUUGCCACCAUUUCCAUCGCCUCUGGCUUGCUCAUUAGGGACAAACUGAUCAAUUUAAAAUUUAGACUUAGGAAAUUUAUAUAUUUCUGUCAGUUGUAAGAAGCGCUAUACAAAUAAAAUGAAUUGAAUUGAAUUGAAUAUUUACCCAAGACAAAUAAAUAAUGGAAUACAAUAUACAGUAUGUGCAGUAUUUGCACUACAAUUUUCCUUAGGCUGACUCGUAGACUCAUUCCAGUUACAGAUUUUGAAAUGUCUUGCUUAUUUUAGUCGAAUUUUCGAAAUGUACAACAAACCAAUUUUAGAUGUGCAUGUGAGCAGCAGCAUUUACUGUCAUUGCUGCAUUAACACCAAGGAGUGUGUUUUUAACAAGUCAUAAAAUACAUCAGUGUCAGCAAACACUUCCACAACAAAGUCUCACGGUUUGUGAUUCGUAAAAAUUUUGCAUUGACCGGGUGCCAAUCUAUCGCAGGGCACAAUCGUGCACACAUUCAUACACCCAUUCACAUACUACAGACAAUUUAGAGAUGCUAGUCAGCCUACAUGCAUGCCUUUGGAAAGCAGGAGGAAACCGGAGUACCCGAAAGAAACCCACACAGGGUGGAGGCGAGAAUCAAACGAUCAACCCGGAGGUGCGAGGCAAAUUAACUUUUUAAAAAUGUACACAAAUUAUUUUCAAGAAUACUGUUCUGCUGUUCAGCUGACCUUGAUAAAUAUGUUUUAUUUAUUUAUUUAUUUAUUUUAUUAUUAUUAUUUUUUUUGCAGCAGCAGUUAUUUGAUAAUAAUUAAAAGGCUAUGGUUGAUGAAAUGAUGGAGAGUUAAACACAUGACAGUCAAGCCUCAAGAUUGUGCACACAAAUUUCCAACACAAUCCUGAAGCUCUUGACAAUUGUUCUCUUGUUCUGCUGUAAACUGUUGUAACAGACCAUCAGAGGGGAGUUCUUUGGAGUUCUUCUGGUAUGCUACUCAUUUUCAUGCAGGGCCGGCGCUACAUAUAGGCAAUUGCCUAGGGCCUCGGUUUUGGAGGCGGGGCCCUCCAUUGCCGUAACAUCCCUAUAUGCUUGUCCACCAAUCAAGAUUGGCAGCAAAAGACUAGGCUUUUUGUCCAUUGGAUAUAAAUGAAUUUUCACUCAACUGUAGUGAAACCAAUUAAUGUCACGGUUUCAAAUUGGUUCCCACCCUCUGAAUGUAUGAAGAGAUAGGGUAUGAUGAACAAAACGCAAAAAUGCAACUUUCCUGCAGCUGACUGACUUUAAGUCAGUGACUAAUGAUGGCACAGAAACAAACACAUCUUCCGGAGGCUGCUAAGCUAAAGGCUAAACAGACACACAAAGAGCGUGCAGCUUGUGAUGCAGGUAUGUGAGUCCUCAUGAUCUAUUUUGGAGUGAGUGCAACAUAUUCUAAAAAUAAACUGGGCUUUGUUUUGUCGAUCAGCGUCAUUUCAGAAGAGAUCAUUUGCCGGUUUAUUCUGAGUACAAAAGAGCGUGAGCGCCGUCAAUGACAUUGCGUCAGGAGCUGACUAGAAAAUACGAAAGUAAAAAUAAAGAAGUUUGUAUUCAAAGUCACAGAGCAAACACACCACAGUAUUUUUCCAAAAAGGUACCUCGACUGUCUGUAUAUCUAUAGCUGAUGUUUACAUUACUGUUUCAACAUAAUACUUCAUUUUAGUUUUCAAAUCAUAAAUACGGUUGUUAAAUUUAUUGAAAACUAAAUAUAACAAUACAUAUAAUAUUCUUUCUGCUUAGUAGUUUGUCUCUUUCACUUCCACUAGCAGCUGAUUUGUGUAUAUAGUCUGAGUAUUUAAGGUAUUGCACUGCAAUACAUAAUAUGACUUCAGUCUAUGUUGGUUCAGUAGAAUGGGGGAAAUCCUGUCCAUACCCAGCUAGGAAAAAAAACGAUAAAGGCACUGAUGUUCAUUUACUGAAGUGGUGUCCAGGGAGUGUUCAUCUGUAAUUAUUUGUUGGCAGUGUAAUGUUGUCUUGUAUUUUUUUCUUUUCAUUUUACUGUAUAGAGUAGGCAUAACUGUUUGUUAUCCCAAAUAAUGGGAGGGAAAGGUGGAAGGGAAGAGGGGAGUGUGGGACCUCCAACAUAAAUUUUGCCUAGGGUCUCCAAAUGUCUAAAACCGGCCCUGCUUUCAUGCCUAAACUAGCUCAUUUACUAAUUUUCUAAAUAGCAAACUAACAUGAGUGAACAAAGUGAUGGAAUGAACCAAGGCAGCUAACUCUGGCUAAAUUAUAAGACAAUUUACUACUGACCUUAGCUAACACUCAAAGUAGCUUGGCACGCCUUUUUUUAAAAAUGAACUGCACCAAGAGAACAAGCGGAACAUAAAAUGGCACACUUCUCCAUUCAGACAUGUAACUUAUUGCAGUUGUCAGAGAGAGCUGCAAAAUACAGUUGCAAUCAAAAUUAUUCAACCCCCAUUGCAAAUCAGGUUUAUUGUCAAAAUUUACAAACAUUCAGCUGUUUGCAAUGAACAAAUCAAACAAAAGCAAUUGAAAUAGUUCAACACAAUGGAUGCUUCAAGUGGUUUCCCCAAAUUCCACUGAAAAUGCAACUUAUAAUGAUUUCUCCAGUUUCAAAAUGAUUCAACCCCUUCAUGGCAAGAAUCUUUAAUACUCAGUAGAGCACCCUUUUGCUUUUAUGACCUGCUGCAAACGAGAUGUACAGCUUCUGGCAGCGUUCCUGAGGAAUCUUGGCCCAUUCCUCAUGCGCAGUGGCCUCCAGUUCAGUAAUAUUCUUGGGUUUGCGUGCUGCAACCACCUUCUUCAAAUCCCACCACAGAUUUUCUACGGGGUUCAAGCCAGGUAACUGUGAUGACCCUGUAGAAUCUUCCAAGACUUCUGCAACCAAGCCUUGGUGGAAUUUGAGGUAUGCUUGGGAUUAUUGUCCUGUUGGAAGGUCCAAUGAUGCCCAAGCUUCAGCUUCCUCACAGAUGGCAUGAUGUUUUCUCCUAGGGUUUCCUGAUACUUCAGUGAAUCCAUCUUGCCUUCCACACGCUGCAUCUUUCUAGUGCCAGAGCAUUCAAAGCAGCCCCAGAGCAUCACCGAGCCGCCACCAUGCUUGACUGUGGACAGAGUGUUCUUUCUUCAUUCUUUUUCCUCCAGAAAAGUUCAGUUUCAUUCCUCCACAGAACAGAAUCCCAAAACUUCUGUGGCUUAUUUAUAUGAUUUUGAGCCCAAUUUUCUUGUGCUUUUGGGUCAGUAGUGGUGUAUGUGUUGGAGUUCUGGCAUGGAAACCUUCUGUGUUUACUACGCCCAUUACUAUGUUCACUGAAACCUCAGUGCCUGUUGCUACUAAGUCUUGCUGCAGGUCUUUUGCAGUCACUCGAGGGGUUUUCACAACCUGCCUUCUCAGAAAUCUGGUUGCAGCUGUUGAUAGCUUCCUUUUUCUGCCCCGUCCAGGUAUUUAAUAAAUUUUCUACCCCUAGCCAGUUCAGGUAUUUCAUGUGUUCCAGCUCAAGCCCACCUGUGCAACUAAUGAAGAUCUUGAUUAGUUGCAUCAGGUGUGCUUGAGACAAAACCUAUUUUGCAUAUUUAUGCCGUAGUGAGGGAUUCUAUUCAGGGGGUUGAAUAAUUUUGAAACUGGAGAAACCAUUAUAAGUUGCAUUUUCAGUUGAAUUUGGGGAAACCACUUGAAGCAUUCGUUGUGUUGAAAUAUUUCAGUUGCUUUUGUUUGAUUUGUUCAUUGCAAACAGUUGAAAGUCUGUAAAUUUUGACAAUAAACCUGAUUUACAAUGGGGGUUGAAUAAUUUUGAUUUAAAUGUAGGCUGUGUUGCAUUUACAUGAUGACUACUGUUUACCAGUAUAUUUUUAGUUGGUACCUUCCUUACAUUAGUUACUUAUACUUACAAUACUUUGACUAAAAUGAUGAAUAAUGUCAGCUGGCUAGCAAAAGUAGCAUAGUCAGUCAUGCUUCAAAGCUCUAUAAUAUUUCCUUGACAACAAUAAAAACAAUAUAUGUGCACAAAUUACACGACUACAAUUUAGCAUUUUACAGAUCAAUUAAUUAAUAAUGCUUACAACUCUGAGAUAGUGUUCGAUGCACUUUCUUAAGUUGCACUUAAGGUAAUAACUUUUAACGUGCAUGCUACCAGCAUGAAGAAGGGGCCUGUCCAUGACCGAUAAUGGUGGACGAGAGAGGGCUGCACUGUCUGACCAGCCAUAUCUACUGCACAUGUUCUCCCUCUAAGGUGUCUACUGUGCAGAUGUUGGCUCCAAUUUUGACCUACUGUGUAACGUCAGUCAAGAUGCCACACACACACACACACACACACACACACACACACACACACACACACACACACACACACACACAGAUAUAAUGACCAUGGCCUGUGUAGUAACUGGUAUGUAAUUCGAUCCUGGUGUUUUAUUAAGGUUUAAGCCAGCCCAACCAUCAAUUUGACCUUCUCGUAAUGACUCUCUCUCUCUCUCUCUCUCUCUCUCUCUCUCUCUCUCUCUCUCUCUCUCUCACUCUCUCUCUCUCUCUCUCGGUAUGUGUGGGUGUAUGUGUGUGUGUGUGUGUGUGUGUGUGUGUGUGUGUGUGUGUGUGUGUGUGUGUGUGUACGUGCAUGUUUGUGUAUGAGUGAGAAAGAGACCGAGAGCAAGUAACAGGGGUAGACAUGGUGAAGAAAGAAGCUGAGCAAGUGUGAGAGAGUGGAGAGAGAGUGUAUUUGUGACUGGCAGGGUGACUGCUCAAGAGCCAGGAGGUAAAAUAUCUCACCUUCCCCCACAUUUCCUGCAGCAAAAUCCUGGCCCAAUUUUCAUAAUUAAAAAGAAAACACACAGACAAAUAAGGUAAACCAUCAGUUAAUUACAUAUCCUCAUUUCCAAACUCCAUGAACAUCUAUGCAAUGUUCUUACUCAUGGUAUUCUUACACUGUGUAGCUAUUCUAUACAGCACAGCAUGCCCAGAACAAAAUCUGUCAAUAUGGGCUUGGCAACUCUGUUCUACGCCUUCUGUUUCCCUACGUCUCCAGUCAGAGGAGCUUUGAAGCCUCUGCCAGGGCUCUACUGCUGCUGAGACCACAUCAACACCACUUUUUCCACAUCAGUGCAGUGUUCAGUUAUGUUGGCACAAUAUACCAAGCUAGAUGCCAGGAACGAGGCGUACAUGGAGAGCCACUUGUUAUCUGGAUGACUCUACUAAAGUACACAACUGAAGGGUCUCAUUCCAAAACUUACAGGCUCUAGAUAUGACAAAUUUGUAACAAUUUAUAUAACUCAAUUCGUUCAACACCAGUGUCUUUAGCUUGAUCCUGAGCUCGGGUUACUCUCUGUGUGAAGUUGUACAGUACAUGCACUUCCUGUGUUCUUGUGGGUUUACACUGGGUUCUCUGCAUAUUAAAUGUUCCAACAACAUGCUGGUUUGUGGCUUGGUUUGCUAAAUUGCCCCUGGGCAUGAAUGAGUGUGUGACUGUGUGAGUCCAUUGUGCCCUGGGAUGGACUGGCAUCCCAUCUGGGGUGUAUUCCCACAUUGUGCACUGUGUUUGCAGGCUAGGCUGGAUCCACCCUGACCCUGAUUAGAGUAAAGAAGUUAAUAAAGAUGAAUGGCUGAAUGAAAAAAGUUAGAGGUUAGAGCUUGGAUAUAUGGAAUCAAACCACAUAUUACAAAACCACCCAUACUCAUUCAAAUAUGUACAAUUGUAUUUUUUUAAAUUUUAUUUUAUUUUAAAUAAGAUCAGCAUUAAAUGUAAAUAAGUCCUUUAAACUCCCAGAAGCCAUCAGUAAGUAAAGACCAACGUACAUUCCACACCAAUUAACUUUACUGUAGGUACUGAAUAAUAUAUUGUAGUUACUAAAUGAUAUGUUAACAUGAAUUUGUUGUUACACAACACCAGGGGACAUUAAAGUGUUAGAAUUUUCACAUUUCAUUAGUUUAUAAUGUUUAAUAUUGUCUAUUAGAAAGACAAUAAUACCAAACAAAGACACUACUAGCUGUUAUUCUUAUCAAUAUUGCUCUACAUCUACAGUAUAUCUAAGUAAACCGGUUGAUUGACACUGGGCAAGUUUGAGCAUGAUUAAUAAGUUUAUUAUGCUAUUUUGAACAACAUGUGUCAUCCUUCUUAUCUAAAGCAAGUCAUUAUUCUGGUUGAAAGAAUUUACUAAGUGACUUGAAUGUACAGUAUGACAUUCAUAAUGUACUAACAAUUUACACAACACGAAGGUAGUUCUGGACAUCCAACUGUCAACCAAACCUAACUAGGCCAUGCAGGUUUCUCCUUUGCAACGUCAGCAGGAUCUGGACAUUUCUAUCCAUAGAGACCACUCAGGUGCUUUUUCAGUACAUUAUUAUUUUGAUAUUGGACUAUUGCAACUCGCUUCUGCCAGAUCUACCCCUUAGCGCCAUCCAGUCUAUUCAACUAAUCCAGAUUGCCAGUGCUUGACUUGUUUCCAAUCUUCCCAAGUUCUUUCACACCAUCCAACUUCUGCCUUCACUGCACUGCCUUCCUGUAGCUACCUGCAUCAAAUGUAAAACACUGAUGCUUGCCUACAAAGCCAUAAAUGGACCAGUGCACACCUACCUGAAGGCACUCUGCAUCAUGCACUCUUCAAGCAUCUAGCAUUGCUAAACUUGACCCACCAUCUCUCAAGAUACAAAGAAGACAUGUAUCAUACUGGCACCAAGUGGUGGAAUAAAAUUCCCCUGGAUGUCUGAACAUCUGAUUCACUGCCUAUUUUCAAAUAGAGACUGAUGCCACGCCUCUUCACCAAGCACUUAAAAAUAAACAUCAACAUGUACAUUUUUCCUGCUGUACCAUAUUGUAUGAACUGCUGUCUCACAGGGAUUUAGGUUGAUCGUGUUCUUAGACCCCGACCUAUUUGUUCUGGCAUGAGGAUACAAAACACUACAGUAAUACAGAUCAGAAUGAGAAAUUCCACCACAAUCAAGUUCAACAUUAUGCAGCAUUUUCCCCUUUCCAAUCAAAUUUUCCAAUUUGCCAAUCAUAUUAUUCACUGUAGAGCUGUGUACAUGCAUGCUUUGGUAUUGUGGUCCACCAUGAGAUGAUCAGACACCAAUCUUAUAUCGAUUUACUGCCUUAUGUCUGACUACUGAAGGGUCAGGAGUUCUAUGCACUGCAUAGAAAAUACACUUUUGUGUUUUUAGACCUUUGCAUGGUCUAAUAUUUCAGUGGAACUGAAAUUUUUACAUUAUAAAAAAUGAUAUAUGUAUUUAUGAAGAAUGCUUAUUUAUUUAUUCUCUGUGUAAAUAUUUGGUCCAGUCAGAAUGGUUAAAUGUUGCAUAGAUUUGUUAUUAACCAAGGUGGUAUUCACUAAAUUCCAGAGGUAUAUUUUAGUGAAACAAGCAUUUCAUAACUGAAUAUUUUUCAAGCAUGAAACCCCUGUGAUCAUGGACAUGUAUCUGAAGUUACAGCAGUCUUAAUGAAAAUGGUAUUUGGCACGAAACCCCUGUGAUCACAGACAGGUAUCUGAAGUUAUAGCAGAAUGAAUGUAAAAUUUCUGUGAACAUGGACAGAGAACUAUCUGCGGCAAAUGGCUUUUCUUCCCAAACUGUGCAUAGUUGACCUAUGCAGAUUCUCAAAAUAGGCCAUGCCUGCCUGAUGACACAGUAUCUGUUACGCUGUCCUGUAAUUUCUGGGGAAAAAGUGCCUGCUUAACCAAGGUCUUGGAUAUUUAUGUAAUUUCAUAAUGUUUAUUUGCUAUUCUCCUCAGGUCUCAUGUGUUUGUGUUUAUUACCUGUUUUUUUUCCCCCCUAUGUCUCUGUGUGAAAUCUUUUAUGAGUAGUCUUUAGCCUUUUUACUGUGGUUCUGGUUUUUUAAGUUUAGCUUUUUCCUAGGUUUUGAUCUCUGAGUAUCUGGAUAUGAUUAUGGGUAUAAAUGGUAAAUGGUCUGCAUAUAUAGCGCCUUUUUAACCUAAGCUACCGGUCUACAAAGUGCUUUACACUGGUUCUCUUUGACCCAUUCACACACUCACACACCAAUGGUAACAGAGCUGCCAUGCAAGGCGCUAACUUGCCAUCGGGAGCAACUUGGGUUUCAGUGUCUUGCCCAAGGACACUUCGGCAUGUGGGCUGGGAAUUGAACCGCCAACCCUACGAUUAGUGGACAACCCUAAUCCACAGGACCACCUGAGCCACAGCCGCCCCAUAUGGAUAUGUUUCCAUAUUUCUAUCUGUCUGUGUUCUGACCCUAGUAAUGGACAUCCAUCUGCCUCUGGCUCAAAGAAAUGUUACAAAUAUAACACAAAAAUAUUUUUAAAAAUUAAUCUUAUUAUUAUAUAACAAACAUUAAAAUUCAAUUAAAAUAGAAUUAGAGCACAUUUAAUUUCUACUGAAGCAAACAACCCAAGCGUAUUAACUAAAAUUACUGUCAUUGAAAAACACGUUUUUUUGGAAUGAAACUCUGAUUAUAUGACAUUGUUGAUAUCUUCAUACUGCUUAUAACGUGACCAUGCAAUGUGCACUAUUAUAAUAAAUUGAAUAUGAAUAUAUAGAGUGGUUGCGCAGAUACUGCUGAAUGGAUUUCUGUGUAAAUGUAAAGUAUCUCAACAGAACAAAAUAGGAGCCAGCUGCCACAGAUUUCCAUUGUCUCUGAGUGCUUAAUUAACACAGAUAAUAUCAUGCAAUGUAGCCGUUACGGAACACAUCUGUUGUUAUUCCUAACUCUAGACUGCCAUGCUGGCUCCAAACACCAACUGGACAAUUAACAUUGGAUUCAGUGUCAGCAUGGUAAAGCGUAAUGCCAAUCAACUAUCCUGGGCAAUCAGUGCAGAUUGAGUCAUUUGCCAAUUUGUUUGGACGCUGGUACUUAUAUCCCGAUUGUGUGAUGCGCUACAAGAUCUAUUUCAGUGAUUAGCGGAACCUCCUUAUGUUAUACUUUAUAUACCUUAUUAUAUAGCUCAAUGGAAUACUCUAAUCAGUUGUAUAAAUCCGAAUCUGUAUUCUGAGCACCCUGAUGUUUAUUUUGUUAUAAUGACCAGGUGACUACAUUAUCCCUUAUUAAACUACAGCAGUUGUCAUGACAACAAUAUAUCUAAUCUGUGGAAACUACUAGAACAGUAACUUGAAUUUAUGCACAAAUAAAGCAUUAAAAAAAAAAAAAAAAACCUGCUUAAGAUUGCACUAAGCGAGAGUGGAUUUUCAAUAUCUUCCCCCAGAGCCUCUGCAGAGGAAAUCAACUCGGACCAAAGACAGAAAAUUAAAUCUUGUGCUUUUUGAGCUUUAAAAGGGUUAAAUGUUAAAUUGCUACCUGAAAUCUACAAUGUUCACAAGUACAUACCGUUGUCAUUUCAUUCAGUUGUCAUUGCCAAGGAAUAACAUUACCACAACCAGGUGCAAGCUAAUUUAUGAAGGCAUUUAAUUCAUUAUUCUCUCAUUAACCCUUAUGAUAGAAGCAGGUCAGCUAAAUUCUGUACACACAUGUGCUCAAUAAGAUUACUUUUACAGGAGUUAUAUGUAAAGUAUAUCAGACAGUUCUUGUUAAUCUUUUUGUGAAAUAGUAACUCUAGCAAAAGGAAAUAUUAUCCCCCAAUAUCAAACAUUUGUUUCUAUCUAAAAUUCUGUUAAAGUUAAUUUAUUCUCAUGGCUGCUCUGUGCCCCUAGCAAUUCAGAGCAAUUUUAACUUAAUUCAAAAGCCCUCAUAGGAUUUCAAACAGCUUCCAUGCCAGAGGACAUCUGGCAAAUGCCGUAACUAAGACAGCAUAACCCUCUAUUCUCUAAAUGAUCUCCUGUUGAGUGUCCCAUCUUAUAAAGCCCUGGGCAGCUGGGUAGAUGACUACUUAUCUUUUAACACACAUGAACAGGAAAGUCUUUACUCUGGAAUUAAUAUUAGAUUUUGCUAUAGAAAUAGACCCAGUUCAAAUCGAAUUACUCAAAGACUGGUUCUGGUCUUUCUAACUCUUAAUGUUAUAUAUUAUUUUUGAUAUUAUUGGCAGUAUCUAUUGGACCUCAAGCUAAAUCCAGUGGAAAUCAAUGGGGAACAAUGAACUGUCACAAAUUUUAUUUGUCUAAUACAGUAUGCCCUUAUCAGUUUUCACCAUAAUGGUUGCUUUAUCUUUUUUCAUGAAUAUGCUCACACACAUUUCAAAGCUGCCAUUGGAAUGAUAUGAUUAUGUAGUACAUCAUUCAUGUAUGAUAUUCAUUCAUUCAAUUUCAGCAAGUGCUUUAUCCUGGUCAAGGUAGUGGUGGAGCCAGAGCCUAUCCCGGGAACACUGGGGGUCAGGUGGGAAUUCAUCCUCAAUGGGAUGCCAUACACAUAUAGUGGGGGAAAUAAGUAUUGAACACAUCAAAAAAUAUUUCAGAACAUAUAUUUCCAAUGAGGCUAUUCACA